UUGGGGAGGGGCAAGAUAAGGGUAUGGGCCAUAUGGUAUCACUGAUAUGUGGAAUCUAAAAUACAACACAGGGCCUUCCCUGGUGGUCCAGUGGUUAAGACUCCAUGCUUCCACUGCAGGGGGCACAGGUUUGAUCCCUGGUCAGGAAAAUAAGAUUCUGCACACUGUGCAGCACAGCAAAAACAAACAAACAAACAAAAAACCCUGACACAAAUGAACAUUAUCUACAAAACAAAAACAGACUCACAGAUAUACAGAACAGAUUUGUGGUUGCCGGGGGCCAGGGGGUAGGGAGGGGGGACAACUGGGAGUUUAGGAUUAGUGGAUGUAAACUAUUAUAUAUCAGAUGGAUAGUGUGUGGGAUAGUGUGGUCUUUGUGAGCUUCCACCAUGGCGUACCAGGGCCAGGACCAGAAGAUGCAAAAGGUGAUGGUGCAGCCCAUCAAUCUCAUCUUCAGAUACUUACAAAAUAUAUCUCGGAUUCAGGUGUGGCUUUAUGAGCAAGUGAAUAUGUGGAUACAGGGCUGUAUCACUGGUUUUGAUGAGUAUAUGAACCUCGUAUUAGAUGAUGCAGAAGAGAUUCAUUCUAAACCAAAGUCAAGAAAACAACUGGGUCGGAUCAUGCUAAAAGGAGAUAACAUUAUUCUGCUCCAAAGUGUCUCCAACUAGAAAUGAUCAAUGAAGUGAGAAACUGUUGAGAAGGCAAUGCAGUUUGUUUAGGUGUCCUUUGUUAGAAGUGUAAUUCUAAAGCAUUUAUUCAUAUUGUUUUGCUCACCUUUAUGUUAUUACCAGAUGACAAUAAAUGCUGUGGGAUUGUUUUUAUUUUUUAAAAAAUGGAUAAACAACAAGGUCCUACUAUAUAGCACAAGGAACUAUAUUCAAUAUCCUGUGAUAAACCAUAAUGGAAAAGAAUAUGAAAAAGAAUAUACAUAUGUAUAACAGUCAGUUUGCGGUACAGCAGAAAUUAAACGCAACGUUGUAAAUCAACUACACAUCAAUGAAAUUUUUUUAAAAACUAAAAACAAAAGGAGGGUAGUGAUUAAGAGACACAAGCUACUAUGUAUAAAAUAAAUAAGCAACAAGGAUAUAUUGUACAGCACAGGGAAAUAUAGUCAUUAUUAUUAUUAUUUUGUGUGUGUGUGUGUGUGUGUGUGUGUGUGUGUGGUACGCGGGCCUCUCACUGUUGUGGCCUCUCCCGUCGCGAAGCACAGGCUCCGGACACACAGUCUCAGUGGCCAUGACUCACGGGCCCAGCUGCUCCGCAGCAUGCAGGAUCCCCCCACACCGGGGCACGAACCCGCGUCCCCUGCAUCGGCAGGUGGACUCUCAACCACUGCGCCACCAGGGAAGCCCUAGUCAUUAUUUUAUAAUAACAUUAAAUGGAGUAUAAUCUAUAAAAAUACUGAAUCACUAUGUUAUAUACCUGAAAUUAAUGUCAUAUUGUAAAUCACCUAUAUCUCAAUUAAAGAAAGAAUCAAGUAACCACUAAUUCCCUUAUUCAUACAAAAGCUUUCUCCUGUGUUCAAGCACAUAUAUUUUCUUUAUAUGCUCUUCCUUUAAAGAAUGCUUAUAAGCCCUACAAAAUCCUAUGAAAACUGUAGGAUUAUACUGUCUUUAAUUCUUAGCUAAAAACAUAUCUAACUAUAAAUACCCAAAUGCCUUUUGAAAAUGCCACCUCUGCCCUUAUUAAAUUGCAUUCUGUUUUUUAAAAAACAUACAAUAUACGGUUACUAAGGGGUUUUUUUUUUGGGCUUAGCUAUCACUAUAACUUAUGGUUCACUUAUAUUCAGGUAUGUAAAUUAAUAUAAUUAAUGCUAUGGAUUUCAUUUCAUGAAUAUUCAUAAGUAGAAUGCUACUGUAGCUGUCAUCUCUAUUAAUGACUGUGUACUGAAUUUUUUAGCAUUUAGGCUGAAAGAAAAUCUCAGCACUAAGAAGAUCACCUACCGUGAGCAAAUGGGCCAAAGGAAAAGGCACUCUUUUCCUUAAGGUUAUGAUUAUGAUCAUGAAGGUGAUAUUUAACAAGAUUAAUUAAGUGUUUUUCAAAGCAAAAUAAGAGUUGAAAAUCUUAAAUGAUUUUACACCUGCUCCCUAAGCGUAUGUGUAUGAUAGGAAAUGAGGAAAUGGCUCGAGAGCUCAUUGAGAGAGGAGAAAGUUCUUUUUACUUUGUUGUUAAAUGUACCUUAUCCUAUAAAUGAGAAUUAGAUAAGGCAAGAUCAUGUCAGUUAACAAGUCAAGCACCCUGCCCAAACCAAGCCGCUUCAUGGAGUAUGCCAACCAAACGAUGAGAACUGCCUCUUCCAAAUGGCACACUAUUGACGGACAGAAGAAAAGGAAGGAAAAGCUGAAGUCUUUUUUUUUUUUUUUUUUUUUGCAGUACACGGGCCUCUCACUGUUGUGGCCUCUCCCGUUGCGGAGCACAGGCUUUGGACGCGCAGGCUCAGCGGCCGUGGCUCACGGGCCCAGCCCCUCCGCGGCAUGUGGGAUCUUCCCAGACCGGGGCACGAACCCGUGUCCCCUGCAUCGGCAGGUGGACUCAAACCACUGCGCCACCAGGGAAGCCCUAAUUGUAGUUUUAAUGUGUAUUUUUUUCUGUUUACUAAUGAUGCUGAA